UUUCUCAAAAUUUCCGAAGUGGAAGAAGUCUCCUUCCUUUUUCGCUGCAAACUCGUAAUCCAGUCAAAAUUAUAAGCGGACAAUAAUUCAAAACGAAAGAUAACACAAUGCCACGUGAAAUCAUCACUUUGCAAUUGGGACAAUGUGGCAAUCAAAUUGGUAUGGAAUUCUGGAAGCAGCUCUGUGCGGAGCAUGGCAUCAGUCCUGAAGGAAUCCUAGAGGAGUAUGCUACUGAGGGAACAGAUAGGAAAGAUGUCUUUUUUUACCAGGCCGAUGAUGAACAUUACAUCCCACGGGCAGUUCUCCUCGAUCUGGAGCCGAGAGUGAUCAACUCCAUCAUGAAUUCCUCCUACGCCAAUCUCUACAAUCCAGAGAAUAUCUAUCUCUCAAAGCACGGUGGUGGCGCCGGUAAUAAUUGGGCAAGCGGAUAUUCGCAGGCCGAGAAGCUGUAUGAAGAGGUGUUUGACAUCAUAGAUAGGGAGGCUGAUGGCAGCGACAGUUUAGAGGGUUUUGUGAUAUGCCACUCCAUUGCCGGAGGUACUGGAUCUGGCAUGGGGUCCUAUAUGUUAGAAAACUUGAAUGACAGAUUCCCCAAGAAACUUAUCCAGACGUACUCAGUCUUCCCAAAUCAGGAUGAAAUCAGCGACGUCGUCGUCCAGCCGUAUAACUCCCUCCUCACUCUCAAGAGAUUGACACAGAAUGCGGACUGUGUGGUCGUAUUGGAUAACACUGCUCUCCAUAGAAUCGCGGCUGACAGAUUGCACAUUGAGACUCCAUCAUUUGCUCAGAUUAACCAGCUGGUAUCCACCGUAAUGUCUGUGAGUACGACGACACUCCGCUACCCGGGAUAUAUGAACAACGAUCUGAUUGGUCUAAUAGCUUCGUUGAUUCCGACCCCGCGACUUCACUACCUCAUGACGGGAUACACGCCACUUACGACAGAUUCACAGGUUGCUAGUGUACGUAAAACGACUGUGUUGGAUGUGAUGCGUCGUCUUCUGCAGCCAAAGAACAUGAUGGUGUCCACUCCCGUCCACCGCCAAGCACAACAUUGCUAUAUUUCAAUUCUGAAUAUCAUACAAGGCGAGGUUGAUCCUACACAGGUUCACAAAAGCCUCCAGCGUAUUCGAGAGCGAAAAUUAGCGCAGUUCAUCCCGUGGGGACCGGCGAGUAUCCAGGUGGCGCUGUCGAGGAAGUCUCCAUACAUCCAGUCAGCUCACCGAGUCAGUGGUUUGAUGUUGGCAAACCAUACCAGUAUCUCCACGUUAUGCGAACGAACUCUCCGACAAUUCGACAAGUUGCGUAAACGCGAGGCUUUCAUGGAUCAGUUCAGGAAGGAGCCAAUCUUCAAAGACAAUCUGGAUGAGUUCGAUGAUUCGCGCGAGGUCAUUCAACAGCUGGUUGAUGAGUAUCAUGCGGCGACGAAACCAGAUUACAUUUCGUGGGGAUCGCAGCAGCCGGCAGUUUGAUCUAUCGAAUUUGCCUUGAGGAGAUUGUAUUCAAAGGACGAUCGGCAUUUGGAUUCUGAUUCGCUUGCAUCGAGAUUGGGCAUGCAGGAAAGAGAGAAUAAUUGAACCAUGUAAUGUGCUCGUCGAGCAUUAGAUCAAAGAAUUUGUUGACUCAGCAUUCCUGACCCAUUGUACUUAAAGGGACGUUGACAAGGAAAUUUCAAUUUUGAGUCCUUGAUAUAAAUGUGGAUAACUUGAAAUGUGCACUUCUACAUGCACAGCAGUGGGUUUAAGUCGUCCUAUUUUGCAUUGACUGCUGGACAGUUGCAGGUUGCUCAUGAAUGUUAAGGUUUUCACUGUGUUGCAUUUCGUCAGUGUGUGGCGAUAGAUUGUUAUAGGGGGAGGGCGAUAAGUAGGGCUUCUGGCAGCAUCGCCGACAGCUGAUGACAUUAUGUCCUCUGCAGUAAGUUGCAAAUGAACUAACACACCGAGCUAACAGCUAGCAGAUGAUGUCACAACAAUGGUAUGGACCUUGCGAGAUGAGAUUGGUCUUGCUGUUGUUGUUUCACCCUGUGUGUUGUUUUUUUGCCUGGUAUAAAAAACGACCUCUCAAUAGGCCCUAAAAAGAUACCCAAGUGUCUGUGCUCUGUAGCAGACUUGAUCAUUGUAAAACUUUCCCUGGCUGGUUUAGGGACGUAGGUUAAGUUUGAAGGGGGGUGGGGUUUAGGUGACCAAACGACACAUUUUCACUGAAACUUAAAAUAUCCAAAUAUCGUAAUCGGAAAUAUGGAAAGGUAAUUUGUUAACAUUGCUCGAAACUUAUUAAUCUAUGCAUUGUGUCUUAUGUAACAUUGCUUACAAGAAGAAAAUGAACUGCUGUUUUGUAACCCACCAGAUAUGUAAAUAUAUUGUAGAUAGUGAUAUUCUUGUUCAGAAUACAGCAGUAAACCAAA